AUGUCAAAAUAUGCAUUUUUAUCUACAUCCGAACCUGACCUUACUGCUGCUACGUCCUCAACUGAUCGUAGAGGAAAAUCAUCUCCAUCAGCUUUAUCUGUAUCAGCAAUUGAUCCCAGAAAAAAGUCUUCUUUAUCCCGUUGGUUUAUGCGACAAUUUAAAGGCAAAAGUGUAUCUGAGGACACGGGAGUAUCCACCAAUGGAAGAGGUGUAUCUCAGGACACAGGAGUAUCGACCAAUCAGCUUAUGACAUAUGAAAUACGCAAGAAAGUCAUUGACAAACUUGCAAACAAGAGUUCUGGGCCGAGUGAUGUAACUUGUAUAUGGGACUAUGCCGGUCAACUUGAUUAUUAUAUUACUCACCGGUUUUUUCUUACAGAUAGGUCAUCUUAUGGAGUUGUAUUCAGUUUGCUAGACGCUUUGGAUGAAUUAGCAAAGCCAAGAGAUCCCCAAAAAGGAUUUCUUGAGAUGACAAAUCUUCAAUCGAUCUUAUUUUGGAUAAGGUCAAUAUUUGAACAUGCUGUACUGCUACAUGGCUCUGAAGCAAAGAAUGUGAUCAAUAGAAUGAUAGCAUCACCGACGAUUAGUCUGAUUGGGACGCACAAAGAUCUACUACAGGGCAGUGAUGCUGAGAAACAGGCAAAGGUUUGUUAA